AUGAUGACAGUGAUGUGGAUGCGUUUCCAAUCGCGCGUGCUCUCAACCACCGUUCACGAACUUUUCUUCGCCGACGACUGCGCCCUGAACACCACCUCGGAAGAGGAGAUGCAACGGAGCAUGAACCUCUUCUCCGCCGCCUGCGAGAACUUCGGUCUGGUCAUCAACACGCAGAAGACGGUGGUCAUGCAUCAACGGCCAGCCAACACAGCCACUCCCCCCAACGCGCCGCAAAUCAGCGUGAACGGAACCCAACUGCAAGUGGUGGCAGCACCCUCUCCCGUAACACCAAAAUUGAUGACGUGA